AUGGCCUCUUUUCGCCCUUUCGAGUGGCUAAUCAUUUGCACAACAUUGUUUGUUGUUCUUGUUGCCCGAGUCAUUGCCAUUGACAUCUACCAUGAAUGGGUUGUUUCCACUGACACUACAAUUAGACCCGUGUCGUCUCCUCAACCUGUUAUCACCAUUAAUGGAAUGUUUCCAGGACCCCUCAUCAAUUCCACAACCAAUGAUUUUGUCCAUGUCAAUGUCUUUAACAAGUUGAACGAGCCAAUACUCUUUACAUGGAAUGGCAUACAGCAGAGGCUAAACUCAUGGCAAGAUGGAGUGUCUGGCACAAACUGCCCCAUUAAACCUGGUACUAACUGGACUUAUGUGUUCCAGACCAAAGACCAGAUUGGCACUUUCACUUACUUCCCCUCCACCGACUUUCUAAAGGUUGCUGGAGGAUUCGGACCCAUCCGGAUCAACAACCGAGAUGUCAUCAGCAUCCCUUUUGCCAAACCAGAAGCUGAGUUUGAUCUUCUCAUUGGUGAUUGGUUUCAAUCCGACUAUUGGGCUGUUAACUUGNUAAAGGUUGCUGGAGGAUUCGGACCCAUCCGGAUCAACAACCGAGAUGUCAUCAGCAUCCCUUUUGCCAAACCAGAAGCUGAGUUUGAUCUUCUCAUUGGUGAUUGGUUUCAAUCCGACUAUUGGAUAGUUAGGUCAUUGGUGAAGUACAAUUACGAGAAUUUUGGUGAUGUCCCUGAUGUGAUGUUGAUGAAUGGCAAAGGCCCUUAUGGGGACCCAACUUCAAAAGCCUUUGAGUCCUUCACUGUCACACUAGGAAAAACGUAUCGAUUCCGAAUAUCAAACGUGGGGACUGCAUUCAGUUUCAACUUCAGGAUUCAGAACCACCAGAUGGUGUUGGUUGAAACAGAAGGAUCAUACACCAACCAGAUCACACUGGACUCUCUUGAUGUGCAUGUUGGCCAGUCCUACUCUGUUCUUGUCACUGCAAAUCAAAGUGAAGCCGAUUAUUACAUAGUGGCUUCUCCAAAAUUGUUCCUCACUUCGAAUACCAGCUCCCGUGUGGCCAAAGGGGUCCUGCACUAUGUCAAUUCUACUUCAACAGUUGCGGGACCUUUGCCAACAGGACCCGAUCCAUUUGAUGUUGAUUUUUCGAUAACUCAAGCUAAAUCUAUCAGGUGGAACCUGACUGCAGGAGCUGCAAGGCCUAAUCGACAAGGAAGCUUCAAUGUGACAAACGUUACCCUUUCGCAGACAUUUAUCCUCCAUGGAUCGGAAGCUAAAAUUAAUGGUUUCCCAUACUACGUAGUCAACAAUGUCUCGUAUCUCACCCCCGAUACCCCAUUGAAACUUGCCGAUCAAUUUGUAAACGGGUCGGGUGUAUACCAACUUGAUACAUACCCUGUCCACUCUAUCAAUGACGCUGCAUCAACUGGAGUUUUUGUUGUGACUGGAGUCCACAAAGGGUGGCUGGAAAUUGUGUUCAAGAAUGAUUUGAAACUCAUGGAUUCUUGGCAUUUGGAUGGUUACGGAUUCUACGUUGUUGGGUUUGGAGAAGGAGAAUGGACACCGGAAUCUCGCACUUCCUACAACCUCUACGAUCCCGUUGUUCGGUCCACGGUUCAGGUGUACCCCGGAAUGUGGACAGCAGUAUAUGCAUUCCUUGACAAUCCAGGAAUGUGGAAUUUGAGAUCACAGCACUUGAAGCAUUGGUUCCUUGGUCAAGAACUCUACAUCAGGGUACACGACGAUGAUCCCAACCCUGCCAAGGAGCGGCCGCCACCGGAAAACCUUCUUUUAUGUGGUUAG